AAUGUCCAGUGAGUUUUCACCUGGUGUAUUCCGGAAUGAAGGUGGAUAUGAAGUGCGAUACCUGCAACAAAAUAUCCAGUAAGUUGAAAGGCCAGUCAGUCUGGGAAUAUACUAGUGAGCCAAACCUCCCAACAAGGCAACAACUCGGCGAUGAAGACACUCUCCCAAAUGGGCUGAUGUAUCAUAACAAUAAGGAGAAACUUAUAUUACUCGGUGCCAGACCGGAACAUAAGGGCAGGUAUUUUUGUAGUAACGUCAAGUCUGAAAAGGAAUUGGUCUCCAUCCAUGACGUCACGGUUAUCGAGAUGGGGGAAAACACAAAGUUCCAUACGUUUUUUUCAACAAAGAGAGGGGAAGCAUACGGCGAAGAAAAAGAUGGUUCGUAUUCUUCGCCGGUGAGGAGCGUUUGGACUAGUUGGUCAAAAUGCAAUCGUUGUGGACAAUUGGGUGAAAGAUUUCGCCUUGGCAUCUGUACUGAAUUCGGUGAUACGUUCCCCCAAGGUAAACCCUGCCGCUCAGACUUCAACAGCCCUAGUGUUCAAAAAGAGUUUGAAGACAGAUUGGACGAGAAGGAGGUGGCGGAAUGUGAAGCAGCGUGUCCAAAAGGCUACCAAAGACCCGAGAAAGACAAAGAUCACGUCGCAAAACUUGUAGACUUGCAUCUUCCUCGACCAAAGCUUCCCCGUGGAGUGGAACAAAGGGUCAUGUACGUGCCCGAGAGGGAAGAUGUAGAGCUCAAAUGUCCAGGAGGCGGCAUCACAGACGCCAUCUCGUGGAAGAACGGCAGUGCAAUGAUUCAUAGCUCGCAUUUGAGGACUGACCACGUGUUCGUCGACUACAUGAAUGUUUUGCAUAUUCGGGGCGCCACGCCCCAAGACGCUACAGGGUACGAGUGCUUUUACGGUAGCGAACAUGUUGCUAACGUCAAGCUAGUUGUGGGACUUCCUCUCCUGGUUACUGAAGAGUCCAAGGGCAAGAUGAAGUACAUAGGAUUUGUCUUCACUGGGCUGAUUGUUAUCCUGGUCGUUUUGACGAUUAACAAGAACAGAAAGUUACACAAACGACUAAGAUGAAAACCGCUUGGUGGCGCCCGUUGUUUGGAAUGACAUUCCCAACGUAGUCUCCCCGUGUUUCAUUUAUGUUAUAACUCCUUAGUGUGACUUGUUUUAAACGGUAAAUCUAUUGUGUUUAAAAACAGAUUGUAAAAAUAUACGAUAUUAUUUAUUGUCAUAGCUAACACGUAUUUCCAGUCCCAUCUCCUAACAUGAGGAAACUUGUGCGCCGGGAUAGCUUCACUUUGACGGUGGAGAUAAUAUCUCGCACGAAAAAGGGACAUGAAUCAAGUCAUAGGGGGAAAGUGAAGUAUGGUGCUUUCAAUGCUGUGUAUCAGCGUGGUAGGCCCGUUUCGAAACCACGGUUUCGGCUUUGGAUUCGGCUUCAGGCUAGACUGGCCCCGCAGUUGUUUUGACAAUACUGCGCGUGAUGUGCGUACAGACGCUCAUGGCUUCAGACGAGAGUACGGAGCCUGACGCCGAAUCCAAAGCCGAAACCGUGGUUUCAAAAGGGCCGUAGUUUGGUGUCGGUGUACACAUAACCAUAGAGUCAUGAAGUACAACUAUAGAGGUACUAUAAUUACACACACAUCGUAACCCUGGGUUCGAAUCCCUGGGUAAGUUUUAUACAAACUUGGUUGUGUGAACAUGGCCCACCUUCAUAUAGCUGCUUCAGCACACAAAGUAGCUAAGCAUAUCAAAAUUAUGCUUAAUACCGGAAUAUGGUUACCAGCCGAACUAACAUACCACAAGCAUAAUUGGUGACUGGCAUCCUGCUAACUUCUGCUUAAACGAAAACAUUUAAGUAAUAUUCUCUGCUUAAAAAAAUUAGCAGCUCUAUGAAAUUGGGCCCUAAUCCGGGUCAUGCUGACCAUGAAAUAGCUCAGGUCUUGUCAGACCAAGAAUCCGGUUCAAUAUUAAGAGUGUAGUAUCGUAGUCUUUUUCUUUGGUUUAUUGUUCAUACGGAUUUUUGCCCAUCAUUUAUUUGCAGUGGUA